GGGAUUGGGAUAUGGGAUUAUGUUCCUCGAUGAAAUAUGAGUAGAUAUUCUUGACAGGCAAAAACAAAACAAAAGUUUUGAUCGAAUAAGUGAUUACUGUGUAGGAUUCUCGAAAUCUGAGUUGCAACAAAAAAAGUCAAACGCCAAUAGUGUAUUUUCAAUGAAAUAUAUGCCAACGGCAGCCAUUAUGUGCAGAUGGGAUGAUCGUAACACCCUUUUGGGCCAGCAGCCGUUGUUAGAACCAACGUCACUAGGAGAUUUUACGUGACAGUGUGGCUCCUUGCUCAUGGCUUCUCGUUCUAAUCCUAGGGGCUAUAGUAGUCCUAACAUAUAUAACGUACUCAGUGGAUAUUCAUGCGAUUGUACAACUUCUAAUGUGAUGUGUGUAAACGUGAAGUAAAAGUAGUUGAUGAUAAGGAAUCGUGAGGAUUGAGGUACGUGAAUGCCAGUAAUGAAGUGUUGUGAUGAAACGUUUAGAUUAUUUUUUUUCUGAAUUCCUUGAAUAGUAGAAUUCUCAUUAGAUUCCCAUGCACUCUAACAUUACACUUUAAUAUUUUAUCCCAUCUACGACACAUUGAUUCGUGGUGACGUUUCUCUGCAAAAUAUAUUCCAGGAAUACUUACACAAAAUGAGUCGUUAAUUCUGCAUUAUUGAAGAUGUGAUAGUUUAUUAUAUAUUUGCCAGAAGCAUGUGUGGAUGUCAAAUGACCUGAAAUAUGCGGAAUAAAAUCCGUGGCCAUCAUCAGCGUGAAUUAAAAAUUUAUGCUAAAGGAAAGCACAUCCAUUGUUGCUCAUCGUUAUUGUCAACUUUAUACCAGCAACAAUGUUGUUACGAUGAAAGAGCAAUUGAAAGUUUCGCCGAAAUUUCACAACGUGGAGAACACUCAUUAGAUCCCCUAGAAUUAAACAUUGCACUUUCAUGUUGCACCCAACCUACGUCACAUUGAUUCGUCGUGACGUACCUCUGCAGAAAACAUUCCAGAAAUAAUUGCAGUGAACGGCCCAUCAAUUCUUCGAAUUUAGACAUUAUUGGAGAUUGAGAGUGUACGACAUAUUUACGGGGGGCGUGUUGAAUGCUCGUGCAAACUGAAAUAUGUGAAAUUAAACCCCAUCAUUUGUGUUGAGUAUGUGUCCAUCAUCAGCCUGAAAUAAAGAGUGAAACGGUAUGGAAGAUUGUGAAAAACCAGCUUCACCAUCGAGUUCAGGGUGAGAAUGUGUGCAUGCAGAGUUAAGAAAAUACUUUGGUGAAAAUGAAGUCUUGAAAUGACCAAAUGUAGAGAAACUCCAUGGGUUUAGCUGUAAGUAUAAUUUGUCGUGACGCAACACAGCUUGUGCAAAUGUGGCGGCCAUUUCGUGAAUCUCGUAAACCACGUAAUCCCUCGAAAUUUCAGUUGUGCGUCCCAAAGUGUCAAUAUGCCACGUCAAAGUAUUCAAAGACCUAUGUUGGGCCUUGGAAGAUGACCAAUGAUUUGGAGUACAUGAUAAUUCAGGAAAAAGCUUCAACAGACUAAGCUACCAUUCAUUCAAAACUUGCCCAGCUGAAUGUGCAAUAAAUAACGAUUAAUUUAUUGUAAAAUUUAUACGACAAUCCGUUGUGUUCCGGUGGCGCUGUUGUAGACCUACCAUCCGGGUAGCCAUCGGUUGGCCCAAACCCAUGAGGGAGGGGCGAGAUCCGAGCAUUCGCUCGGCAUUAGUAGAGGCGAAAGGCAGGACUCGUGUUGCUGAAAAUCAUCAUUUACUAACAGCUAUUUAAAACUGUGAUAAUUUGUGAGUCAUUAAUCGUGGAGCUAAUAGUUAGGAUCCAGCUUCUUUGGUCAACCAACAAACGGUGGGUACACGGUUAUAGAAACAAAAACAAGCGCUAGUAGAUCGUUUUCAAGAAAAAAAAAAAUGAACGCAUGGGCUUGCACGUGAGGCCUGGAACGCCAGCGAGAUCUAUCGUUGGUGAGGCACAGUAUUCACCAUCUGCUUUCAAGACCCUCCCGACCACCUUGUGCCACGGCAAUACUCUCAGUAUGACAAAGACGGUACGAUCCGCUUUAGGUCGAGACUCCCUUUUAUCCGAAAAAGGAAGAGAGGAGUUAUGUAGCAAUUUCGAGGGGUGAGCGAUAGAGACACCCUGAACUCUUGGAAUUUCUCCGCUCUAUUCGUUGACUGUGACAUAACAAAUAGGAGGAUAAGAUGGACGACUACGAGAAGAAGUUUGCUGAGAUGCAAAAGUACAUUCCAUUCCUGGAGGCAAUGAUUGAGAGACUUCAGAAAGUCACUGAUAAGUCUCGUGAAGUACAGUUGCACAAAAUGCAGCAACUUCAUGGAAUACUAACGGACAGCAAGAGAAAGUUGAGAAUUGAAACACUCCAAAAAUGUGAAGAUGUGCUUCAAAAACUACACAGUAAAGUUGAAAAGUUUCAGGGAACAAGCGCUGGUCUGAAUUUUCCUAGUAGUAAAAAAAGUGAAGAGUCGACGCUGCCAAAAACUAAAUCAGUUGCUCCAUCGGAAGUUAAAACGACGGCAGCAGUGGAAAAGCCCAAAGAAAUAACCAAGAAGAUGGACGAAACACCAGCAAGCCCAAGUCCACCAGCAUCACCAGAUGAGCAACCAAAGAGCACAUCUGCUCCAAUAAUCAUUCCCACGGAGCGCAAGCAAGAUUAUUCUUCGGGGAAAGUAGACAGCAAACCAUCGAGUCCUGAUCAGUCUGAACGAGUCUCUACAAAGCAACCGAUUAUCAUUCCCACAGAACGCAAAGAUGGCUCCUCCAACACUUUUGUGGAUAACAGUUCUUCAGCCAAAACGAGGAAUGAUAAGUCAUCAAAUAACGCGCCAAAUAGUCGACAGACCUCCGGAGUGGCAGUUUCUGCAAAAUUAGACACUCAGAAAUCAAUAAAAAUAACAUCUCCGGAGUGUCGAUCACCGAGAGCGAAGGAGUUUCUAUCCCCCUCGAAGAGCGCCAAGCCCCCGACGCCAUUGUUAAUCUCGCCACCUCGAGUUUUAACUGAACCUCCGCUAUCUAUGGAUGAUUUAGCAGAGCUAUUGAAUGAUGGUUCAGAUAAUAAUGCUGGCAGCAGUACCUCAACGAUUUUGAAUAAUGAUAAAAAGCCCCCUAACCUAUCAAAACCUGAGAAAAUCCGCAUUCCAAAAAGUAAGCCGUUAGAGAAUCCUAAGAAAUGCGAUAAGGAAUUACCAAAAUCAUUCCUUCUCUCUCAAGAAGACAUAGAUAGAGAGAGUAAUCGUCGGUGGGAAGAGCGCGACAAGCAUAUUGUUUUGUACGGUCGUAAGGGCCUCCAAGCAGACGGUAAAUCUCAAUCUACCCCUCAAACAGACCACCAAUCAGGCCCAUUAAACUCAGCAACCCUCAAGAAGUCAGACUUUCGGAACAGUCCUAUAUCACCAGUGGGUAAAGACAGAGGGUCUGAGCCAAGAUACGCUGACAAUUACGAAAGAAUACCGCGUCUGGGGAAUGACCGUUUCGGCAAUGCCGAUCAGCCAAAAAUGCCUGACAUGAAUGUUAUAAACAGUGCCUUUUCACGAUUGUCCGAGGGGGAUAAGGCGAAUAUCGCCAAACUCCAAACGAAUCUGCCAAUUUUACACCAGCAUAACGACAUUUCGCCUGCCGAGGAGAGAGAACUUUUCUCUCGACGCGGUGGCCCCUCACAAAUGGACAUGGACAUGGAGUAUCGCAGAGAUGAUGAGUACUACAUGCAGAGGGCGCACCAUCCGCCCCAAAAUCGAGAAUAUUAUAAUUCACAGUGGGGAGGGUACGAGCAGCAGAUGCCCGGCCAUCCAUACCCCCACCCACCAAGUCAUUCGCCCAAUCUCCCCCUCCAUCCAAAUCACCCCUCAAACAUACCCCCUCAUUCCCACCAGAAUCACCCAGACAUGUGGAUGGGCCCAAAUCCAGGACCGGGCCCAAUAGACCAUCCAGUGCACCACAUGUCUCCCCAGUACAGUCCCAAUCUCGCUCGUCGACCCAUGAUGAGUCCCCCUAGGCGUAUGGAAAUUAAUCACGGCCCUUACGGAGAUGCAAAUUUUUCCGAAGACAUUGGCCAUUCCUCCCAACCCCCAGGACCCUCUGGUAUUCCUCCAUUAAUGUCAACUGCACCAUUCAAUUCUCGAGGUUUUCCUGAUAAUCGACCAUUCGAGGCGCCCUUCGAUCGUCCCGCAGAGUUCGGUAUGAACAUGAGAUCGGGUUCUUGGGAAGGGCGGCCGGGAGAUUCAAAUUAUCCGGAUCCUCCGAGAGUGAGAGGGCCAGAUGUUCCUUUCAAUGGGCCUGUUCCCCCAGGCCCUCCCAAUUGGAAUCGAUGUCCUGGGCCAGAUAUUCAGCCCAUACGGAAUCGCAGUGUCGAGCGAUAUCCCGGUGACAGGCCGAACCUCAGGCCUGUUCUCGCUGACCCCCAACAUUCUGGAUUUAAUCGUUGGAACGAAUGGGAUAGACCCGGGCCGAACGAGAAUCCCCCGAGGUUCAAUCGCGAGGGCAGAAAUCUAUCUGAACGAGACCCGAGGUUCAGAAAUGAUCUGAGUCCUCAGGGCGCCCACUCUCCAAAUGCCACUUCCAUCAAGAGGGAUCCGAGGCUCAUCAAAGACCCUCCACAAUCUGCCCCUGCGAAAUCUAAGGAAAAUUCCGGCACCAAUCGGGAUCCUAGAAGGAAGAAUUGUGAUUCGAAAAAUCAAAAUAAACCGAUGACCUCUGCAAAAGCUCAGCGGAAUCAAAACAAAUCUAAAAAGUUUGCAAAACAAAAUGAAUCAACAAAAUCCGCCGAUAUCAAAGCGAGAAGAUCUUCCGAUGAGAAAACAAAUGCUGAUAAAUUGAUCAAAGAUAAGGAAACUAUGCAGUCACCUCUGGAGAGUCUUUACGGAGUGAUUGACACAACAGCGAAGACUGGAAAAGGUUAUGGUCUUCAGAAGUUUAAAAUUCCGAAAUUAAAGAGAACCGAUCCGCCAACCCCUACCCCCUCUCCGACGCCACCAAAACUCAGUGCUGAAGGAGAACUUGAGAGUUGGGACGAAGAGCCUCUACCUAAACCUGCGGAGUCAGCCAAAUUACUUUCUGAGGAGGCUGAAAAGACUGCCAAAACUGAGGAGAAGAAAGUGGAGGUGUCGAGUACAACCGAUGAGUCCGCGAUAGACUCGCCAAAAACAAAAGCUAGCGAUCACGAUCCCAAAGUGUCAGAAGCAGAGCCUACGAUAUCUAAUCAUCUAUCAAACAAAUGCGAUAAGCUAGAUGACUCGGAAGCAACUGUUGAUACAUCAACUCCGGUUAAAAUUGCCGACACGUUGAACCCAAGCACUACAACUAUAGCUAUAAAGGAGAGUCCCAGCGAAGAAGAGACGCCGACCUUGAAGAAUGAAAUAACUCGUGAGUGGAUUGAAAAAAUGAUUAAAACAUCCUUAGAACAAGGAGAAGGCAAAAAACUUUUAGAACAAGCUAAAUUGCUUCAGAAAUUGGGCGAGGGCUUAGCGCAUUCCAAGAAAUUUCAGAAAAUUCGAAAGAUCAUUGAAUGUCAGUCAGAGAGUAGCUCUUCAGACAUGGAACAAACAUUUGAGCCGAAGAGAGCUGGCAAAAAGAAGCGAAGAGUCAUUGUAUCUGAUAGCUCUGAUAAUGCAUCACCAGAGCGUAAAAGCCCCGAGCUCCCAGUGGCAAUUGAUUCUCCAGAGAAGCCUAAACCUCCUAAGCGACGGGCUAGAAAAUCUCAAAAACCAAAAUCCUCGCGAUUGAAGGGAAAACUUGUACCUGAUGAAGUUAAAUCAGAAAAUUUUGAUGAAUCUGUAAAUGAUCCUAAAGUAGAAUUGGAGGAGUCUAAAGAAUCUAUAACCACCUCUGAAGUCGCCCUCGAGAACUCGAAAGAAUCUGUAAAUAUCGCUAAAGUACCUUUGGAUGAGCCUGAAGAAUGCGUAAACAACGAGUCUGAAGUAACAGUAAAUGACUCUAAGGAAUCCGCGGAUGCUGCUGAAGAACCUCUAAAUGAUGUAAAAGAAGCGGAACCUGAGCUAGAACGAGAGGUAGAGUCCCCAAUGGCAAAACCUCGCAGAAAGCCUGCUCGUCGGCGCAACUCCUUGGAAAUGCUGCAAGAAGAUAUCCGCGAAAUGUUUAUCAGUGAAGGAGUAGUAACUGCAACAGGUCACCGGAUGUGCCGAUUGAUAAAGGAAGCAGAAGGUAAUUUAAAAUCAGUUGAUGAGAAAGUCAAAGGAAUCUAUGUUUCGAGUUCCCCAGAGCGCCACGAUUCAGAGCUGUCUGAAGACGAGGUUCUGUCGAAGCGCCGCAAUAGAUCGAAGAGUAAAACCCCAAAGCUACGGGAGAUUCCGGACGAUGACAAACCGAAGCCUCGAUUGAGAAAGCCUCGAAAACGAGCAGUUAAGUUAUCGAAACAAUACGUGAGUAGUUCCGACAGCGAGAGAGAAUCACGAUCAUCACCCAGAGCAACACCAGAACCGCCUAAAGACACCCCAGAGCCUGACAAAUCAGAGGAAACUCCGAUAGACGAGGCCGAAGACAUUCCCCUCCUACGGCGGAGUGAAAGGGUCAACUUGCGGGAGCCCCGAGUAAUGAUAGAGAAAACAGAUUUGGGCAAAAUUGACUCUUCGAAAAUAAUGUUCGAUACGUCUUCAGACGAGAGUUUUGGAAUUGAUGUAUCAGAGUUGACAGCAGCUGUGGACAUCUCACUGCACUCUGAUCGUCAAAAACGAUCCGAUGACGAGGCAGACGAUAUAAUGACAAUGGAACCGAUAGAAGAAAAGCCAUCGAAAACCAAUAAAUGCGUUUCUGAUGAACCGCAAAUUGAUGCUACCAGUAAAUCCGAUGAGGAGGCCACUGGCGUCGCCUCAGAUGACGCGUCAACUUCAGCGGAUCACCUAUCUAGCGGCCAGAAACCAACUACGUCUUCCGAACGUUCAAAUACAAACGAAGAGCUGAUAACAAACAUUCUUGGCGAUUUCGUUAGUGAUAACAAUGAGGCGCUUGAAAAGACAAUUGACAAUGAGGCCAAUGAAAAGGUAAGACAGCCGCGAAAGAUCAUCAGAAAGAAAAAGGCCGCAGGACCCAAACGGAAGAAGAAGCGACGAACUUGGCAAAUGGGAAUUGUCUCGAAAUCAAAGAAAACCAGGAAAACGCCAAUUACACGUUCUCUCACUGUUUCCAAGCCCGCGCUCGAUCUUCAAACUCUUCCAGAGCCAUCCGAGGAGGAGCAGGUGGAGUCACAAGAAAAUGUUGAGCCACCAAUCAUCCCACCACCGAAGCUCGACAAGAAGAUCGAUGUGAAACUGAAUCCCACUGAAUCUGUAGUAAAACCCGACAUCAAACAAGAAAAAGCCGAUUCGGACAAAACGAAUUCGCAUUUUAAGACUGAAGACUUAAUUGAGUAUGCCUGGACUGGACAGGAAAGAUACAAAUGUCUUUUCUGCAGCUUCAGUGGAAAAAACAUUGUACACCAUUACAAGGCAGUCCAUCCAAAGGAGGAGAUGAUGAUAGCAAGAUUGACAUUGCUCGAUGCGAAACGUGCAAUUGACGAAUCCAAGGACGAGAUGCUCCUAGAAUUAUCGGAGAAGACAAAAGUCGGUACAGAUCGUAAAUAUGCCUGCAGAUUUUGUGUAUUUACGGCCGAGGGACAACAGGACUCAGCAAUGGAAACUUUUUAUGAACACUGUACAACUCACACCGGUGAAUACAGAUUCCGAUGCCGAAGUUGCACUUAUCAAACGCCCCUCAAGUCCUCAAUGCGCGCGCAUUACUACAAAGUUUGCAGGAAGAAUUACGAGAACUUUACUCUGGCAAUCGAGGAGGAUGUGCUACCAGGAGAGGAUUUUGUCAGCGGCUAUCUGUGCUCAGCGUGUAAUUUCAUUCAACUGAAAGAGGAAAAUGUUAAGAAGCACAUUGACAAGUAUCACUGGAACGCUCUUGCAACUGAAAUUAUCAAAAUUGAUAUGUCAAUUUAUCUGGACAUUAAAGAUCACGUUGAGCAUUCUGACAUUGAGGAAGAAUUGAGGUGCGACGAUCCAUUAGCUCUUGACUCGGACACAUCUACAGUUGAUCUGUAUGAAUUUCCCAAACAGCAGAAAAAGAAGUUGGCAAUGAAGAGAGGGAAAGGUGGAAAUACUUGUAAGAGUACGGGAAUCAAGGACACUAACAUUUCGGCCGUUACAAAAUCCGAGACCCCACAGGGGGAGGCCGAGAACCCUCUCAGCAGGAAACUCAGUGCUUUUGUGUGCCCCCCAGAAAUGGAGAACAAAGAUGUGGAGAUUCAAAGGGAACGGCAAAAAGCCAUGCAAGAGCUGUGGAAAAAUUGUGGAACAAGUUUGCAAAACAAAUCUACGCGUCAAGGACUAUCAAUCAUUGAUAAGCUUACGGACAAAAUGAGAACGCAGGGGACGGAAUCCCAGGGAGAUAUGGAGGUAGAGACUAGCGACGAUAUUGAUGAGUCACAACCCAAUCAAUCGGUGUCGCCCGUAAUGGCGGAAGUGAACAAUGAACGAGCCGAUAUAAUUCCUGAGAAUCCUUCUGAAUCUACUUCUGCCCCGGUUGUGGACCUUCCUCGCCAGACAAUCGCAAAAAUCGAGCACUCAGAUCAUGAAAUGAGUCAAGACGAGGAAGUAACAGAUAAGUCGGAGAAAAAACCGAGAGACCCUCUGAUGACUCUCGAGGAAAUACCCAAGGAUUUCAAUAGUGCUGAAGAAACUAGUGAUGGCGAACAGAUGGGUGAAGUCAGCAGAACUUAUGAUGAUUCUAGCGAUAGUAGUGAUGGCAUUUCAGACUCUGAACUCGCAACAGACGUAAAUACUCUUCUGAAGGAGACGAUAACUACAUCAACAAAUGCGCCAAUGAUGACAACCAUUCAAAGACUCGCUGCUCAACUGCAAGGAUCAAAAUCCUCUGAGAAUUCUCCGACAAAGCCAGAGACAUCAAAACCAAUAGUAGUUCCCCUCUGCAAUCUUCGUAGUUUUGUGGAAAAACAGAAAUUACUUGAGAAAUCCCAGGAGAUUGCAGACUCAGAUACAUCUCGUUCAAGUACUCCCAAGAAUUUUAUUCGUUUACGAAGACUCAGUGGGGACAAGCUGUCCUCUGGAACCCCAAUACCUGAGCCAUCUCUCAUCGUCGAAGAGGAAAAAUCUCAAGAUUUCAUUCCACUUCGGGUGAUUUCUCAACCUAUUGAGAACCAAAGCGAGGAAUGUUCAUUCCUGAAGAUUGAAAACGUUAUAAGUCUGGCACCAAAUACAUCUUCAGAUCCUGAGAGUCCACUCAUCGACGACAUAAGAAAAGCAGUAGCAACAUCUCCGAUAAAAAACCCCGGAAUUUCACUCCUAAAGAAAUCUAGUCCGAAUAUAUUGAAAAAGGGGCUUAGAAAGCCAAUAGGGAAAAUCGAUGGAAUUCUCUCAAGAUUUCCACCAAUCGCCCCCUCUCCUCCCAAAAAGACAAUUGUCCUUCAAACACUUCCCAAAGCUGCAGUCUCUAAGAAAUCAACGAUUCCCUCUGCAGCGAAAGCCGUCAGUUCGGCUAAACCAGUGAUAUCAGCACUGAAAUCUGUGACAAUUCCCAAACCCAUCGCUCCUGCUCCAAAGCCAGUUACGGCUCCUCCAACAGCCAUUUCCCCAGGUGCUCAGAACAUUCCCGGAGUGCAGAUGGGUACAACAGCUCAAAACGUUAAAGUUACGCAACAGACAGGUAAAAAUGUCAAGCUCUUUAAGCUCAUUCGUAAUCCAGGACUGAUGCCCAAAGAGUCAACCCCUACGAUGCCCUCACCUAAAGAAAAAACGAUUGAAGCAUUCGCGACAAUGCUGCAGUCGAUGAAGCUUCGGCAUCUGUACAAAUGUAUGGAUAAAACUUGUACAUUCACAACAGAUUCACCGGAGUUGUUUGGCCAGCACUAUAAUAGUCACGUUCAAGAACAACCCAAAGCGUCGCAGACAUCUGCAAAAGGUGGAAAAACAGUCUACGGCUAUCAAAAGUGCGCCUACUGUCACGGGGAUAACAUGGGGACGUGGGAAGAGUUGUCAGAGCAUUACAAGAAAAAACACACCUUCUGUGCUUAUCAGUGCGGUUACUGCUUUUACCGGGCAUUUACCCAGUCGUAUGUGCAUUUGCAUCAGAACGUGUCACAUAAAGGAAAGCCUGCCUCAGUCAUUCUCGCUAAGAGGGAUUAUCAUCCUGUCGAGAUUAUUGACAGAAGACAAAAUGUUCAUCCAUUUGUGUGUAAACACGAAUGCAAUAAAUUAUUUUACGUCCCCGAAGCUUUUAUUGCACAUCUGAAGAUGAAACAUGGAGCUACGUUGUCGAUUUUCAAGUGCCACAUGUGUCCAGCCUCUGCUCUCAAAGCAGAAUCAUUGAUAUCUCAUUACAAACUCCAUUGUAUUUACAAGUAUCAAUGUUUGUACUGUCUUUUCGGUGCUGAUGCACCGAUGGAGCUUCAUAUUCAUCUGAGUCACGCUCACUGCAAUCGUCCUCCCAAGAUCCUAGAGAGAUCUCUUCCACCUGCACCAGUCAGAGACAAAGAUGUUCUUCUACAAUUGCUUAUCCGGAACCUUGACGAUGAUUUCAGGGGUUCAGAAUUGAAAACUGUUAAUGAAAAUCCAAUUGAGAGUUGUCUAAAAUCCCCGAAAAAUGAGGCAGUUGGGGCCGCUGGAAUAAAAACUUAUGUCUCAAAUAAAAAAUCGGUGAAAUCGUCGAAUUCGGCAGAAGUCAUUGAUAUUCUUGAUGGAGAGGCGGAAUCUUCCAUUACGUCAUCGUCCGAUCAAUUUAUAUUGACUGAAGUACCUUCACUGAUAAAACUUCCCGACGGAGCAGUAGUGGAGAAACAACCGGUCUCCACAAGUCAUGAAAACCUCAAGAGUGCCAAGUCCUCGAGUCAAGGAUCAAUCGAUCAGGAACAGGAAUCAAUCGUUCGUUAUAGCAAUGAAAAAUUAAAGACUCAAGUGAACCUUGCACUGGAUCCACUGAGCCUCUCGCAAGAAUUCGACAUGACUGAUGAGUUCGUGAACAUCAAUGUGUUGGAUAAUCCUGAGUUCUUGAGGACUGCGGAAGAGAGAGCUGCCAAAUUGCGAGCUAUAAAUCCUGUCGUCGAAGACAAGAAUGAUGAUAGUGAUAUUGAAAUCCUGGAGUGCAUUGAACCCUCCAGUAAACCGAAGCUACAGUUAACGCCGAUUAAAGAUUCUCUUCGGCCUUUCUUGAGACUGAAGGAAGAGGUGAAGGAGUCUCAGAGCGGGAGGACAACUCCAGCAGCUGUCUUCAGCAGUAACGAAGACUCCAACACCUCUAUGGAGGUCAGUAGAUCCACUGAAGUCUCCACACCCUCAGAGUUUGAUAAUCACGAAAUUGAGAGGGAAAGCGAUUUUUUGGAAAAACCUCCGUUGAGCUUGGAGGAUAUCAAGCACACUGGCUUCUCGGACAAGGACCUGUAUAAGUGUGGGUAUGAUGGAUGCAACUUCGAGGCUAUGACGGCUGGAGCGUUGAAGACACAUAUUAUUAGUUGCCAAUAUGUGGCGGAAAAUGUUCAACUCAUAUGUGUGCACUGUACGAAACGAUUCGUAAAAAUUGGCAACUUGAUCGACCACUUGAAAAUCCAUGGGCCCAAAAGGUUCGGGUGUUCUCUCUGCAGUUUGAGAUAUCCACUUGCCUGUCAAGCUGUUGCCCAUAUGAAGACCAAACACAAAAUUUCCAGCAGCAAAUUGGUGCCUGCUGAUCCAGGAAAUCCCUCGCCUGAUGCUUUAUUCAUCGUUCAACCUUUGGGUCCUGGCGAAAGAAAGAAGAGAAAGUUCGGCAAGAACAAGUCUUUCGAUUCAACUCAAAAAGAGGCAACAGCUUUUGGACCCAAUGAUAUUGACAAUCUUCCUAGACAGGCAAUAUACAACCAAGAAGUUCGUUGUGCAGUCUGCCCUUAUACUACUAAAGUUAGAACGAACAUUAUCAGGCAUUUACAGCUUCAUGCCAAGGACGAAUAUGUCCCUGAGUCGGGUCCGGUGAAUCCAGUUCCAUGCUUGGAUAAAAAAGAGAAAAUGUUCGACAAAAUGGUGAAUCUUGCCAGUAGUUCUCAUCAGAAUGGACGAAUGGGAGCCAAAACUAAGGAAACUGUGACUGACAGUGAAGCUGAACUGCUGCCGAAAUUUGUUCCAGAGAAACAAAGAUACGUCUGCUGUGUGGUCGACUGCAACUGCCUAACAAUCAACGAGGAUUUAUUGCGUUGUCACCUGAAAGCAUUGCACCCAGAAGAAUCAUUCUUCCGCUGUCCUCACUGUCCACCACCAGGGCAAGACACCCAGAGUAUACCCAUUGAUAAACUCGGUGUGCACUUGAAAAUGCACGACACUAGACUUUACAAAUGUUCACACUGCAAUCAUCACCAUUAUCACAGACACGUAGUCGAGCGACAUUUGACAGACAAACAUCCAGAGAAAAGACCUUUUGUCAAGGUCAUUCGGGAAAUUGAAAAUCCAGACAGUCUCGAGAAAGCCCCGACAGAAGAACCCGAAGAGGGUAUCUCCGACCCCGAUGGAAAUCAUUGGAAGUGCAACGUCUGCGACUACAAAUGUAUUUAUAAAACUGAAAUGAUUACGCAUGCCUCAACAUCCCACGACGAGAAAUCGCAGUUCAAAUGUACCGCGUGUCCUUUCAAAACGUCUGGAAAAAUCAACUUUGAGCAGCACGUUAUCUCCAAGCAUGUCAACGAUCCCGAGGUAGAUUGUACGAUGGUAUACGAGAGAAUCAGAGGAACAAAGAAGCCGGACAGUGUAGAAGCACCUCCUGCCGAUGAGCCUUUUGAUACAACUCCCUUAUGGCGAAGGGACAUGCCGAGAAUUCGUCACAUCAGGGGAAUCCUCCUCGAAGAGGAUAACGCGAAAAAAUCCUCAGAAUCUCCAAAAGCCGGCAAACGAAAAUCUGACGUUGAGCCGACUGCUAAACCCGCCAAGAUUAGAGCUAAAUCAAAUUCCUUCGAUGGUACUGUGAUCAUUGAAAAACCAAAGAAUGCUCCUGCUUCGAAAACACCUGAAAGAAUCUACACGCAUGAGGAACUCCAAGAGAAAUUUGGCCCCUACGGAAGACCCCGUGGCAACAUGUACUUUUGUACAAUUUGCGCAACUUACAAUUCUAAAUAUCGUCAAGAAAUCAGAGAUCAUUUGUACAUGGAGCUGAAAUACUGGAGAUGGCACUGCAAGGAAUGUGGUCAUUUGGCUGUUUCCCACUCUAGAAUGUUGAAGCACGAGUACAAAGUUCAUAAAGACAAGAAACCGGUGACCGUGGAGCUUGUCGAAAAAGAAGACAUUGACCAAUGGGUUUUGAAUCUAAUGAACCAUCAGAGAGACAUUAUGAGAGGAGAAAUUGGAGAUUCGACUGCCACACUAUUAAAAUCAAAAGUACCUCUUCCCACACCAAUAUCACCCCUUACGAUAACUCUCGAAGACUCAGGAGAGAAAAUAAUUCCAUCCUCAAGCCUGGAGGCGAGCACAGACUCAUCUAAAAUAGUUGAUCUGACUGCAGCUAUCUCAAAACUAACGAGAAAUGACGAGUCCGAUGAAGAGGAUGACGAUGGGAAUGCUUUAAUUAUUGACAGCAAAGAGCUUGAUGAGGAAAAAGACACAUCUUUGGAUGCACUUGGCAAAGUCUCCCUCAAGGAAUCCAAGAAAACGUACGUCUGCAAACACUGCAAUUUGGAGUUUUCUGGGCUUCGAGGAUUCAAGAUUCACGUCCAGAUCAAUCACUUGAAACGUCUUGCAUUUGUUUGUCCAUAUUGCGACAGAAGCACGAAUUCUGAAACCAUGAUGAAGGCUCAUAUUAGGAAGAAUCAUCAAGGGGAAGAGGAAAAAAUCAUCAAGAAUCCUUAUGCCAAUGGUCCAGAACUGAGCAGUACAUUUUGGGAGAAAGAAUAUGGCAUCGUCAUUCCAAAGAAAAUGAAAAAGAAAAAACGAAAAGUUGAUGAUUUGGAUAAUCAAACAACCGAGGAGGAUAAACUUGCACUCUCCGAUAUUUGCCUUAAAUGUGGAUUUACAGCGAUAAAUGCAACAGGUUUAGCAGCUCAUAUGAGAGCUCAUGCCAAGAGGCCUGCACUUAAGUGCGGGCACUGCAGUUUUACAGCUCAUUCACAGGUCGAUAUUUGGCAGCAUUCGGAAAUAAAUCAUCCUGACUUGGAUUGGAAGGCUGAGGAGAUAAGAACGGGAACUUCUUCAACAGAUCCACCAAUUCAGCAUGUCAAGAAGCGGCACAUUGAUGAUUACAAUGAGGAUAUCGAGGAAGAGGCAACAGUAGUGCCCCUAAGGGGAUCUAACCAGACUCUCCAAAAAAUUUACAACUGUUUCUAUUGCAAAAACGUGAGAAGUCUCGCUUUAGCUACGAUCAGAUCUCACUGGACUCAGUACCACAAAGACGUCAACGAGCUGUCGCCUUGUCAAACUGGGGUGCCAUUCAAAUUUACAGAAUCGAUUGGCGAGAUCGCAGACAACCGGAAACAGGUCAAGUGUAGCUACUGUCCCAUGAAAGGCUCACUAAUUGCUGUGAAGGCUCAUAUAAAAAAGAAACAUAACGGCUUAGCCCUCAGGUUCAUUGAUAUCAUUGACAACUCGCAAGAGAUUUGGGUCUGCAAAUGGUGUGAUGAAAAGGUUAAAGGUGUCGACAAUAAAACCUCUCAUCACAACAUGUUCCAUUCACAUUUGGCCAUGAGGUUCCAGAAGGAGGAGAUCGGGGGUAAAGACAAGGGCUUCGCAUGUCCUAUUUGUUCAUUUAUCAGUGCCUCCCUGGCGAAGAUGAGAACUCAUGUUGUCAAGCAUGCUGAAGUUUUCAAGUGCAAGAGAUGCUUGAAGCCUUUCAACAGUCUUCAGAAAGCUACGCAACAUUCCACUAAUGAACACGCGGGUUUAGCAGCCGCUAUUGAGAAAUCUCUGACUAACGUUGAAGCUCUGAUGGCAAAGGUCUCCCAGUCUGAUCUGGUAGAUAUACCCGAGGAGGAGUCGAGCACUCUGCCCUCAACAGAUAUAUUUAGGAACCUAGGGGUUGCUCGCAAGUCAACAACUAAACAACUGCUGAAGAAACCCUCGGGUGGAGUUAAAUCAGUCGCUAGAAAGUCUACACAUCCCCUUCCGAGGUAUCCCCCUGGCUUCAAGUUUGAUAUCGAGGGGUUGGAUAGCGAGGUCGAGGCCUUGACCAAGACUACUGGCUGGAGCUACUAUGGAAGACCCCCUACCCCCAUUAGUCUCGCAAAUUUGAAUACUGUUAUGUCUCUGGGCGUUGCCAAAAUGAAAGUCAAAUGCACUAAACUGGCGAAACUCAUGAAUAUAGACGCUCAACUCAACCUGGUUGAUUACCGGAAACAACAAAUGAAAUAGGAUGGUUUUACUGUGGUUGACAUUACCCAGUAACUAUUACUGCUCUUAUGUCGAGAAGAGAACGAAAUAAUUUCAACUAUUUAGAGUUGAUUGUUAUUCUUCUUUGUCCUUUUGUACCUUCGUAAAGAAGUGACAUUCUUUUAAUUGUGUGUAGCAAAGUGACGGAAAAGUAUUAAAGAAUUAAUGAAGAGUUCAAGAUGACUGAUUGAAACACUUAAAAUGAAGUUUGAAGAGGAAAACAACGGUGUCGAAUUUCCACUUCUCAACAAUCAUUAUUUUUUGUUCCUUUUAUGUUUUGACUUAUAAUUUGACAGUGUGUGUGUCAUGUACUAGAAGCAUCGUAAGCAGUGUAUACUAAUUGAAAUUGCCACAUUAGUAAUCCUUGGAAUUUCAUCUGAUGGGGUCCCAAUUGAAACACCUUCUGAUCAGUUCAUCACAAGUAUAUUGUUUAAAUUCAUAGUCCUAAUCAGAACUCCAUUGUGUGAAAAACAAGACUGACGAUUAUCAUCUGACGAUCAGAGUCUAGACUCUGAUUGGAAAACAUUGUAAAUAGUGUACUUUAAGUGAAAACCACUUGAAUAAAAUAUUUUUGAUUUUUAUA